UCCAUUGGUUAGAUGUAAGCAUUAGGUUUGAGCCACAGAAUAAAAUGCUGUAUCGUCAUUUUUAUAUACAUCCACUCAUUACGUUCAUGACAUUGUCAAAAAGAUGUGCCUGCCUUCGCAGGACAUCCUGAAAAGAAAAACUAUCUCAACGACAAUUUAAAAAAGUUGGCAAGCUUUUAUUUUGAAAUAUGCGGACAAGCUGUCACCGGAAGUGUGUUUCUUUUUCGACCCCACUGGAGCCGCUCUCCUACCGACGCGACGCUCUUCCUCAGUAGGAGCAUUCAACAGAAAGCGUAUGCCGAAUUUGUCGGUCAAGUUCUGUACUCUACGGUGUGUUAAUGCUUUGUGCAAAACGUUGACUGCAGUUUGGUCAAUUUAGCCAAAGAACUGUCUAGAGCACGAGGCUAUUGUUGAGUUGUACACUUAGGAAGGUCCAUGGAACCCCAUGGACAGGCCUGCAGAGUGUGUGUGUAUGUUUUAGGUACACUCUGAUGGCUUCUGGAUCAGUAAGCCGUUUGGCAGCUCUGCCACGGACAGAGAUCCUCAUAUACUGGAUACUCUCCUUUGGUUCUCAUUUCUACUCUUUCUAUCAACUGCACAGAUUCUCCAAAGAACACAAAGCAGGAUUGGAGAGAGAUUUGCAGCUGGAACCAGGACUUCUUCCAGGCUUAAGGAGGGACCCUGCAGACUUUGAGUGGAGUUUCUGGACUGAGUGGAGCAGGAAGUCUCUGCUGUGGUCUCUGACCGGCCAUGCUCUGCUCUCCAUCUCCACAGGCCUCUUCAUACCCAAGCUCAGGGUGCCGGUGCUGCUGGUGUACGGCCUGCUGGCGGCCGGCGGUGUCUUGGGGCUGAAGGGUGUGUGCGUGCUGCUGCUCCACCUUGGCCUGUCCUUCACCGUGGCUCAGCUGCGGCGGCCGGCCCUGUGUUGGGCCUGCAGUCUGCUGUCACUCUCCACCCUCCACAUCCCCUCACUGCUCAAGAUACAGAGAGCAUGGUAUGACACAGAAGAGGAAUACUAUCUGCUGCUGUUUAGCGUGGCGGUCUGCGGCCUCCGCAUCAUCAGCUUCAGUCUGGAGCACUGCUGGCGCCCCCUGGAGGCCGUCGGGGUAGUGCAGCUCUUCUGGUUGCUCUCCUACUCCUUCUACCAUCCCUUGUUCUACAAUGGGCCGAUCAUCACCUUCAAGGACUACACACAGCAGAUGAGGCGCUCGGCGGGGGAGACCUUCUCCGUAGACGGCGUCCUCCGUUACCUGGUUCUCCGAACGGGAAGGAUCGCCCUGUGGUGGCUGACGGCGGAGUACAUGAUCCACGCCAUGUACAUGCACGCCAUCCAGGCUAAUGAGUCCUACUUAGAGAGCCUCCCUCCCUGGGCCCUGGGCGGCCUGGCGCUGGCUCUGGUCCAGUUCUUCUACGUCAAGUACCUGGUGCUGUUCGGCCUGCCCUCCAUGCUGGCCACGCUGGACCGGCUGUCCCCCCCCGCGCUGCCCCGCUGCGUGAGCACCAUGCACAGCUUCACAGGCAUGUGGAGGCACUUUGAUGAGGGUCUGUACCGCUGGCUCAUCAGGUACAUCUACGUUCCUCUGGGAGGCUCCCGCUACGGCCCUGCCUACAAAGCCCUGGCCACCGGCCUGGCCUUUGGCUUUGUGUGCCUCUGGCACGGCGGCCACGACUACCUGCAGUACUGGGCCUUAAUGAACUGGGCCGGGGUGCUGGUGGAGACGGCACUCAAGGCCCUCUUUGCAACCUCCGUCGUGGAAUCCUUUAUUGAGCGGACCCUCUCGGCGGCCAUGAAGCGGCGCGGGGUGGCCCUCCUGUCGGGCGGCUCCACCGCCAUGCUCAUCCUCUCUAACCUGCUCUUCCUCGGGGGGACGCACGUCGGACGCCUCUUCUGGAAGCGUGUCUUCGUCCAAGGCUGGUCAACCAUCGCUCCACCCAUGUUGGCUUUCCUGUACUGCUUCGCUCAGGUCGGCCUGGAACGCGCACCCUGACCCCGCCCCACCCCGACAGUCCCCUAUACAGUAACAAGGUCGACGAGAACUGCUGUUCGUCCACUCAGCAGGCUCCGGUGUCCGCGGCUCCUCGGGCCCCCAGCCAGCGUGUCGUCUGUCAGGCAGGACCCAGCCAAACUCCCCCGGACUGAAGUGGAGCCAGACACCUUACAGCGACGCUGGGCCGCUUCAGAGGGCUGACGGGGGGCUGCCUGGGCCAGCACAGCUUCAACACAUUCAACCUCAGCACAGUUGCCAAUCGUGAUCAUUUCCAAUCGUUGUUUGUAUUAAAUUUGUUUUCUAAUCCUGAAAGCGACACUGAAUAUCGGUUUGAACUGUUAGUUAAAGCAAAAACAAAUAAAGCUGCUAUAACAAAGGAAAUAUGAGAUAUAUUUAUGUAAUGCUUAAUGAUGACACUAGCAUUAACGCAAGUCUAGAUAUCCUUUAUGGUUUGUUAAAUGGAUCAUUGCAAUGCUAUAUUUGUUCUAUUGUGGAAAUGUAUGAUGGAUGUUUCGUAACAACUAAUCAUUUUUCAACUGUUUCUGAAAUAAAUGUUUUUUUAAUCCCAAACCAGUAAUCAGCUAAAAUAAAAUAUAGUUUUAAACCAUAUGAUAGAGAGGUGACAUGUAAAACAUUUCCAUUUUCUGUCAUUGACACAUUUAUGCAAAUAUCCAAAGGACAAAACCCAAAGCUUUCAUACUUCAGAGUUGGUAAUCAGCAGAGCCUGUGCUUGAUCAGCUCUUAGGGGUUUCAUGACCCGCUCGCUAUUCUUGGUUAGCGGAUUAUUGAAGCUGUGGUAUUAAGUAGGAUAAGGCUGCUGGGUCACAAAGAAAUCUUCUUAAAUGAGCACCAAAGUCUACGGCGCAACCACCGUAAGAAGAUAAGCCAACACAAUACACCGGCUGAUACACGCCUUGGCUAGCUUGUCAAUUAGGUAACCUUAUUAGGGCCAAAGAUAAGACAAAAACAAAGGCAAGUUGUAAGGGUUUCAUAGUGUUAACAAACGGGAUAGAAUAUAUAUAUUAAUAAAAUAUUUAUUAUGAA